ACCGGGCGCCGCUGCCCCCACCUCCUUCCACUUCGCGGGAGAAGUUGUUGGCGCGAAUGGAUCCCGAGCCCCGGUAACGGAUUCCCCAGCCGGCCGGCCUGCCAGCCCGCGCCUUAGUCCUCGGGCUGCGAUGGAUAUUCGGAAAUUCUUUGGGGUUAUACCGAGUGGGAAGAAGCUUGUAAGUGAAACAGUAAAGAGGAAUGAGAAAACAAAGUCUGCUGAAGAAACUUUAAAGGCAAAGAAAGGAAUAAAGGAAAUUAAGGUAAACAGUUCUUGUAAAGAAGAUGACUCUAAACAGAAGCAGCCAAACAAGAAAAAGAGGAUUAUUUAUGAUUCAGAUUCAGAACCAGAGGAGACAGUGCAGAUAAGAAACACUAAAAAGCAACCAGAAAAAUUACCAUUGUCUUCUAAACCUGGCAAAAUUCUCCGACAAGAUCCUGUCACGUACAUUUCAGAAACAGAUGAAGAAGAUGACUUCAUUUGUAAGAAGGCAGUCUCUAAAGCAAAAGAGAAUGGAGGAUCUACAAAUAGUUAUCUUGGAGUAUCAAAUGUGAAAAAGAAUGAAGAAAACAGUAAGACCAAGAAUAAGCCUUUAUCACCAAUAAAACUUACCCCUACAUCAGUGCUUGAUUAUUUUGGAACUGGAAGUGUCCAAAGAUCAGAUAAGAAAAUGGUGGCAAGCAAAAGAAAAGAGCCUUCACAAAAUGCAGAUGAUUCCAGAUUAAAUGAUGAAGCCAUUGCCAAGCAAUUGCAACUUGAUGAAGAUGCAGAGCUGGAGAGACAAUUGCAUGAAGAUGAAGAGUUUGCCAGAACAUUAGCCAUGUUGGAUGAAGAACCCAAGUCCAAAAAGGCUCGAAGGGACCCAGAAGAGAGAGAAACGUUUUCCUCUGUUCAAGCAAAUUUAAGUAAAGCAGAAAAACAUAAAUAUCCUCAUAAAGUAAAAGCAGAACAAUUUUCAGAUGAAAGGAAGAACUGUAGUCCUAAGAAGCAAAUUAAAUAUGAAAGUUCAAAAGAAUCUCAGCAACAUUCCAAGUCAUCAGCUCAUAAAAUAAGAGAACCAUCUCCUCCAAAAGCCAGUACCAAAUUGGCACUUCUGAAGAAAAAAGAAGAGAGUGCUUAUAAAGAGACAGAGCCUUUGGCUUCAAAAAGAAAAGAAAAUGCUAUUGAAUUGAAAGGAGAGACAAAAACACCCAAGAAAAUAAAAAAUUCUCCAGCUAAAAAAGAGUCUGUGAGUCCUGAGGAUUCUGAAAAGAAACGGACUAACUAUCAGGCUUAUCGAAGCUACUUAAAUCGAGAAGGUCCCAAAGCUCUGGGCUCCAAGGAAAUACCAAAGGGAGCUGAAAAUUGUUUGGAAGGCCUUAUAUUUGUAAUCACAGGAGUGCUGGAGUCCAUUGAACGAGAUGAGGCCAAGUCUCUAAUUGAGCGUUAUGGAGGAAAAGUAACAGGAAAUGUCAGCAAGAAAACAAACUACCUUGUCAUGGGUCGUGACAGUGGUCAGUCUAAGAGUGAUAAGGCAGCAGCCUUGGGAACAAAAAUUGUUGAUGAAGAUGGCCUGUUGAAUCUCAUUCGAACUCUGCCAGGCAAGAAGUCCAAGUACGAAAUAGCAGCUGAAGCUGAGAUGAGGAAAGAGAAGUCCAAAUUCGAGCGAACACCCCAAAAAAACAACCAAGGAAAAAGAAAAAUUAGUCCAACAAAGAAGAAGGAAUCAGAAUCUAAAAAGAACAAAGUGACUCCCCAAAGGGGCAGCUCUAUAAAGUCAGUAAACAAGGAAUCAAGUGUGUUUCGGAAAGGCCUGGACUUCAAGGAACAGGUGGCUGAAGAGACAGAUGGUGGCUUCAGGGCUAGGAAUUUGGCUGAUGGCAGCAGUGAAAACAAAGUGGAAAAUUUGCUCUGGGUGGAUAAAUAUAAGCCAACUUCACUCAAGUCCAUAAUUGGACAGCAAGGUGAUCAGAGCUGUGCCAAAAAGCUCCUACGCUGGCUCCAGACCUGGCACAAGAGCCCAUCCGAAGAGAAGAAACACGCAGCAAAGUUUGGUAAAUUUGCUGGCAAAGAUGAUGGCUCUAGUUUUAAAGCAGCGUUGCUCUCAGGCCCUCCAGGUGUUGGCAAAACAACCACUGCUUCUCUGGUUUGUCAGGAACUGGGAUAUAGCUAUGUGGAACUGAAUGCAAGUGACACUCGGAGCAAAAACAGUUUGAAGGAAAUCGUUGCUGAAUCACUGAAUAAUACCAGCAUUAAAGGCUUUUAUUCAAGUGGAGCAGCCCAUUCAAUGAGCAAGAAACAUGCACUCAUCAUGGAUGAAGUAGAUGGCAUGGCAGGCAGUGAGGACAGGGGAGGAAUUCAGGAAUUAAUUGGGCUGAUAAAACACACAAAAAUUCCCAUUAUAUGUAUGUGCAAUGAUAGAAAUCAUCCCAAGAUUCGUUCUUUGGUUCAUUAUUGUUUCGAUCUUCGUUUUCAAAGACCUCGGGUUGAACAGAUUAAGGGUGCUAUGCUGUCUAUUGCAUUUAAAGAGGGUUUAAAGAUUCCUCCUCCAGCUAUGAAUGAAAUAAUAUUGGGGGCCAAUCAAGAUAUCAGACAGGUUUUACACAAUAUGAGUAUGUGGUGUGCACGAAGUAAGGCACUAACCUAUGACCAAGCCAAGGCUGAUGCUCAUAGAGCCAAAAAGGAUAUCAAAUUGGGCCCAUUUGAUGUUGCCCGGAAAGUAUUUGCAUCCGGAGAGGAGACUGCUCAUAUGUCACUUGUGGACAAACUGGAUCUCUUUUUUCAUGAUUAUUCAAUAGCACCCCUUUUUGUCCAGGAGAACUAUGUACAUGUGAAGCCUGUAGCUGCAGGGGGUGACAUGAAAAAACAUUUGAUGCUUUUAAGCAGGGCAGCAGAUAGCAUAUGUGAUGGUGAUCUGGUGGACCGUCAGAUCCGGAGUAAGCAGAACUGGAGUCUGCUGCCCACACAGGCUAUUUAUGCCAGUGUUCUUCCUGGAGAGUUAAUGAGAGGGUACAUGACCCAGUUUCCCAGCUUCCCGAACUGGUUGGGGAGACAUUCCUCUACAGGCAAGCACGAUCGGAUUGUUCAGGAUCUAGCUUUGCAUAUGAGUCUCAGAACUUACUCCAGCAAAAGGACUGUAAACCUGGACUAUCUGUCUCAUAUAAGGGAUGCACUGGUACAGCCUUUGGCUUCACAAGGGGUUGAAGGAGUACAGGAUGUUGUUGCUCUUAUGGACACAUACUGUUUGAUGAAAGAAGACUUUGAGAAUAUCAUGGAAAUGAGCAGCUGGGGAGGCAAACCCAGUCCCUUUUCCAAGCUGGAUCCCAAGGUGAAAGCAGCCUUCACAAGAGCUUACAAUAAGGAAGUUCACCUUACUCCAUAUUCACUUCAGGCAAUAAAGUCUUCCAGACACAGCACAGGGCCAUCUCUGGAUUCUGAAUAUAGUGAAGAGUUAAAUGAAGAUGACUCACAAUUGGAUGAGAAAGACCAAAGUGCUGUGGAGAGUGAUGCUAUGAUCAAGAAAAAGACCAAAUCUUCCAAGCCUUCAAAAUCAGAAAAAGAUAAGGAAUCCAGAAAAGGAAAAGGAAAAAGUUCAAAGAAAUGAAACUUUUCGCUCUUGUCAGCCACUUUUUACUCACCUUACUGACCAGUCUGGUUGGUCUAGGAUGCCUUUUUUUUUUCUCCAAAGGAACCAUGUUUUAGCAAAAUGGGACAGUCUAGGGAUUCCAUUGUAAGCAAACAGUGGUACAGCUAGCAGGUUAUAAGCAGUAGCUAACAUACACCUCUUAUAGAGGUUGAUAGGACUGUUUGGGUCCUCCAUUGUGCCCUGUUGAUAAAAUGAUUGUGCUUCAAAAUGAUUUUGUAUAAACAGAACUAGAAACUGCAUGUGGGCUUUGUGGUCAGGUUUUAGUUAACUUUUAUAGGCCUAAGAAUUUUUCCUAAUGGCCUAUUUUAUAUAGGACCAAUGCCAUUUUUUUUUUUAAGGUAGUUACUACUAUGUGGUGAAAUUUUGUAAAUAAAUUAUAAUACAAAACAUUCACCACCCAGAAUUGGGUAUUCUUUGUAUAUUGUCAAAUAUCUUGCAAAAUAUAAAUGAGGAAUAAAAAUGUUCCACAUGAUACAUGUACAAAUUCUUUUUAAGAUAGCCACCUUGUACAGUAAAAUAUUAUGUUGGUACUUUAUAUUCCUUACUAGUUUGCAAAUGACUAGAUUAAAAAAAGCUAAUUAUAUUCCUUAUUAACCAUUUAUAUGAAACAUCUUUGGCAGUUGAAGAGUCAGAACUUGAAUUCUCAACUUGUUUAUCUCUGAAUGCUGACCAUAUCUGUUAUGAAUAAAAUUUCAUGGAGAGGCCUCUGUUGUUACUAGAGGUUGUGGGCGGCUGCAAGGUAAUCCAGACUUUCUUAUCUUCCAGAAUCAACCCUUUUGUUCACCAAUAGGUUUUAGGUUGGGUCAGAUUCUGUCUGUGACUUGGGCCAAAGUGAACACUUGUUUUUAUGUACUUUGUUAGCUAUCUGGUCCUGUCCUAGGAGGGAGUUAAUAAAUCCUACUACAGCCCAUAGCUGAUGACUCACUCAAUUUAGCUGUACUGUUUUUUAAUCUUUCAGAGGUAUGUACUAUUUUUUGCAAGGUAUGUCCUAAAAGGAAUGUAAAAUCAGGAUACUACUCCCUGCCUUUAAGGAACUUAUUUGGGAGGAGAGACAUAAGUGUACUUGCCAAUGUGAAGAAUGUCUUUCAUAUAGAUCAAGUUCAUUGUGGGAAUAAACUAUUGCCUCAAAUUUUUGCCUACACAGCCAUGCUCAUCUUUUUGUUAAAGUCCAGCUUGAAACUUCUGCUUCAGUGAAGAUUUCCUUGAUUGACCAGUGGGGUGAGCAGUUACCUUAAUGUAUAUUCUUUCCAUUGCUUUUGGAUAUGUACGUCAUGUCUGCCUCUUUGCUGUACAUAUCCCAGGAAAGUGACCACAGUCUUGUGAUAGCCAAAACAGUGAAUAAUGUCCUCCAUUUGUUUGACUUUUUAAAAAAAUUAUAAAUGUUUAAAACACAGUUGGCAUGGGAUAAAAGAAAUAACUUUUAGGAUGACAGUUUGGGUCUGGUUGAUUCCUCUGAAUCCCUAAUGAGCAGGUGUGAGAGGGGUUAGGUAUUAGUGGUUCCACAACAGUGUGGAUGUUGGGAUUAGGCUACCUAAAACAGCUUUAUUCUUCACUUUGUUAAAUUAGAAGUUUCCUAAACAAAAUUAGAACUUUCCUAAACAAGUUCUGGCUAAGUUUCGCUCAUGAAUGCCAAUAGCUUCCAAAAUCUAAUGUGCUUAGUUAACAGUGCCAGGCUACUGUUAAGGCUGGGAGGAGUUUAAUGAUGAUGACUUUUGUGACUUACUAAAGCCUGUUCCUUAACCAGCCUUUCAGGAGGAAGAACAGAUCAUGAGGCCAGAGGCACAUGUACGUAUAAAUCCUCUGGCACUUUGUCCACUCUAGGCUAAUGUGUUCGCAAUAUUUAGGAUGCUGCUGUCUGUACUGUAGGCGAGGUAGGCUACAUGACUCAUUUCUUUCUGCUGCUCAUAUUUGGUAACUUUGGAUGGCAAGGAACCAUAUACUUAUGUGAGAUUUUUGGUGUUUAGGAAUUAUUCUACUUGGUUCAGAACUGGCACU